AUGGCGAGCAGGACCGCCGCUCCGCAGCAUCCCAGCGAACCCUCCAGCAUGCUGAAAUCCGACGCCCUUACGAUACCGACACCCGCCCUGGUCGACAGCGCCGCCGACGAGCGUCGACCAUCGCGCAGCAGCGGCCGCACCGCCUCGUUCCUCAGCACCGCGUUCAGCCUGCGUCCGCGCGGCAACAGUACCGCGGGCGCAUCGCCUUCGCCCGAAGAUGACUGGGCGCGGCCCGUGGGCGGCAGCGAUGGGCUGGGCACCAUCUACGGUGCGACCAUGAACCGGCGGGAGCGCAACCAGGUGUUGCGGAGCGUCACGACGCUGGCCAAGCUGGGCAGCGACGAGCAGGGCAACUACGCCGAGCCGCUGCCAUCGGACCUGGUGUCGACGUCGCUGCCCGUCUCUGGCGGCCCAUCGUCGAUGCCAUCGCCGUACCCCACCAGCCAGUCGGACAAUCCGCCCGACUACCACCAUCCCAGCCCGCCGUCCAACCCUCGAUCGCACAGCGCAGUCGGGCUGAUGGGUUCGCAUGCCGUGACGAGGGCCACGUCUGCCGGUGCCCCGCUGCUGACGCCGUCUGCCCUGUCCGACGACGAAGGUGAUGGCCAAGGCACGGCGCGUCGGCACGGACGGAGCGUCAGCAGCAACGAGUCGCCGCGGCGUCCGAGCCUGGGCGAUCGCCUUUCUACCAUCUUUGGCAAGGCGCCCGACGGCGGCUACUCGCUCCAGCUUGAGUCCAACAGUGGUGGUGAUGGUGGUGGUGCUGGUGGUGGCCGCGGUGACGUGACGACGACGACUUCUUCGGCGCAUCGGGAGCGCAUCGCUGCGUUUAUCGCGAGCGCCAAGGCGCCAGCGGUUGCCUCCAAGGUGGCGAGCCCACCGUCGGCCGCAAGGUCGAGCUCGUCGUCGUCGCCGUCAUCCGAGGGGGGCCGGGAUGCGGGACGGACUUUGUCGGUCGACGAUGGUGGUGCGGGCCAGCUGAAUCCACCAGAGGCCGGCGUGGGGGAGCCAAGCAGCGCGGCCGACACGGAAAUUGGUGCCGAGCGCGGGCCAGCAGCAGCAGCAGCAGCAGCAGCAGCAGCAGCAGCAGCAGCACCUGCACCUGCACCCGCGCCAGGGUCACAGCAGACGCAGCCGCACUCGCCGAUUGGCCUGGACAGAGGCAAUUACCCCGCUCAAAGCCUCGCUUCCACCUCGACCACCACCACCACCGCCAUCACCACCGGCACCCAACCCACCCCGGAAUCGUCGUCCCGAGCCACGGCGGCACACCUGCCGUCUGCCUCUUUGCCCUCACCAUCGUUGCCGUCACCGUCACCGUCACCGUCACCGUCGUCGUCACUACCACCACCGCCAUCACCACCACCACCACCGUCAUCACUGCUAGCACCCCCGCAAUCGCAACCACUCGCAUCGUCGACACUGCAAGGCGCAGCAUCAGCAUCAGCACCACCACCACCACCAACGCCCGAGGGACAGCUACAGCCCGCGCAACCAACACCGUCGACACCGGCCCGUAUCUCGACCACCGAUUCCAGUACAGCCGCUCUACCGGACCGCAACAUCCCUACGAGCCCAUCGUCGCACUCAGCGACCGCAUCAGCCACAACGUCGAAUCCACGACAGCCCCGCCUUGCCGCUCCACCUUCGCUCCUUUCCCUUUCGGCCGCCAGCGAGCGAACGGGAUCCUACCACUCGGCCUGUGACCAGAGCCCAGACUCGCCCCGCAACUCGUCCCUGGAAUCCACCGCCUCCCGCAUCGAUUCGUUCGGGAGGACCUCCCUCGCCUCGACCUCCGCCUCGUCGAUCGACAUUGCCGCAGGUCCAGGCCCCACCCGCAUCUUGGCAGCAGACGUCGAGCGCAGCUCCCCUCACGGAUUAUUCGCAUCGGACCACACAACCUCAUCGUCUGUCGUCGCCGCCGCUGCUGCCUCGACGGUGGCACACAGAUCAACGGACAUUGCCCCAAGCGCGACAUCGCCAACUGCAUCCAGCGACGACAAGGCCAAGACGAUAGCUGCGUCCGCGUCCGGCUCCGGCUCCGGCUCCAGCCAGGCCAUCUCUGACGUUGUUGCAAGGCGCUGCACCCCAUCGGAACCUCCAUCCCCGGCCAUUCUAGCACCCACGAACGCGAGUAAUGGCACGGCUAGAUCAUCCACCCGAGUAUCCUUCGACAUCCCCAAUUGGACGGAUCCCUUCGGCCGACCCGCAUCUCUUCGCCCGUCUCUAGCCCCUCAGACUGAAGAAGGCCCCGUCAGCCGCAACGGCAACGUGAUGGACGAGUUUGGCGAAGUCGACCCCAUGGGCCGGCCCUCGGACACUUGCAGCGGAGGCUCGUCAUCCGAUCCCCGCCGGUCGUCCCUCAGCUGGACCCGCGUCGGCGGCCUCUUUGCGGGCCCAGGAUCGAGACGGGGCAGCGGCCAAGAUUCGCUCGGAAUCGAGCCGGGGUCGCCGCCGUCGUCGUCGUCGGCGGCCAAGUCACGCUCCCAAAGCCGCGGCACCAACUCGAGCCUCGGCCUGCGCGACACGAUGAAGAGGUGGGCAUCGAGGUCCACCGAGGUUCUGACGCCCGGUCCAGCCUCGACUUCGGCCUCUCCUCGCCACAGCAGCGCCACCUUUGACGCACCGCCGGGAGCGACCCCGGGCCGCAAGAGCAUGCAGCUCCUUCGCCCCUCGCCGCGACAGUCUCCCAACGCCGGCAACAGCGACGAGGCGGUCGAGACCAUGGCCGAUAGCCGGCUCUCGCCAGGCUUCUUCAGUCGGAGCCGGCGCUCGUCCGCCGUAAAGAUGUCGCCCUCGCCGUCGGGUAACCGGCCGCGGUCGUCGUUCUCGUUCGCUCGCCCCUCGUCCGACCUCUCGUCGCGACCCAGCUUCAACUUUCUGCGGCGCACGAGCGAAAGUCUGUCGUCUGCACCCAACGGUCCGGGCGGCUCGCAGGAGCCACGUCAGAGGAAAGCUUCGGCCUCGACGUUCGCCAAGGAUCUCGUCAAGAAGACGUUUGGCCGAUCGAGCAGGAACGAGGCAUGGACCGAGGAGCUGCGCACCGGCACCGAAGAACAGGCAGGUGCCUCGCUGCCUGACGGACAGGAUGCGCAUGCCCUCCUGGCCACCGCUUUCGGACAGCCCUUCAAGAGCAACAUGCAGACCGAGCCAGACGUCGAGCGGCAGCCUGUGCGCCCGGAGGUCGAGUCCGAGCGUGUUCCGUCACCUGCUUCCAACCAGGCCCGCGACAGGUCCAACCCGGAAGGCCCCGCCGAGUCCAAGCUGGCUCUACCCGCCCUGAGCGUCGGCGAAGAUGGACAAAGCGAUUUGGCCAAGUCGGUGAUGGCCGUCGGCAUCACCGGGGAGUCGUCGCUGGCAUCGGAUCCACGAGGCCAAAGCCGAGCGCAACCUCUCGAGGAUGCAGUCGAGCCCUCUGCGGGCCCUCAGCUCGCAGCAGGUCUUCCGGCAGCCUCCACUGCGAAUGAUGGACAGGGCCUCGCUGCCACCGUGCGGAGGCCAUCACUCGGCAUCGACCAGGAGCAGGACCAGAUCGACGCCAGCAAAGCCACGGUCGGCUCCACCCAACCGCCGCACGCCGAGGCGGCCAUGUCUGGCCCUGCAUCGAUCGACCAGGCUAGCGGCAGCCAUACCCCCGAGCCCCGCGACUCGCAGACGCCUUCCAGCGGAUCCAGCCGCAGAGCGAGCCGUAGCAACCGCACCCUGUCCCAUUUGCCCCGCCUCAACUCGAUGCGAGCGAGCAACGGUACAGGCAGCGGCUCCGGAGGCGCGGGCGGCAAUGGAGGCAAUGGCGACGACGGCAACGGUGGCAGCGGCCGGGGCAUCGUCGAGGAGACGACCACCGACGAGGAGCAAGAGAGCACAGACGAAGAGGAAGACGGGGAGGAAGGCGAGGAUCACUCAGAUCUCGAGACCGAGACCGAAACCGAGAACGAGAACGACGUCGAGGGUGAGGGGCAAACGACUGCUGAGGGCAGCUUCCGUUCCGCCCGCUCGUCGGCGACGCCGAGCCCCCUUCCCGCGGCCGUAGCCGUGCCCAUGUCGGCCCAGUCCAGCUCCGGUGGCAGCGGCCGCAUGCGUCCGACCGAAAGCAUCGUGCUGCCGCCGGCCCCGACCUUCAUCCCGCCAGCUGCGCCCGCCAAGACGGAGACGGGAACCGCCGCUGCCGACGCCGCCACAAAGCCCGAUGGUGACAGCUUCGACUCGAGCUUCAAGGCCAACAAGGGACGCGAGAGCUGGACCAGCUUCAACUCGGCCAGCUUCUCGCCGUUUGAUACGCCGACGCCCGGCUUCUCGGCCGCCGGUGCCUACCCUACGCGGACGCCGCGAGCUCGCCAUCAGGAGGUAUCCGAGUCGUCCUACUUUACCCACCGGCCCUCGACCGCCACCCGCAACGGCCAGGGCAGCAUGAGCGGCGUGGCACCGCCUCCUUCGCCCUCAAUCAUCAGCCGCAGCCGAGCCCCGUCGACCACGAGCAUGAGGACGGUGCGUGGCGGCGCGGUCCCAUCGACGCCCUCGCUGCCGAACCGAGAGGUACCGCAGCUUCCGCUCGGAUCGCUUGCCGGCCUCAAGCUCACCCGCGAGACCUCGUCGACCUCGACGACCCGGCGUCAGCAGACAGCCGCGGGUAGCGCGACUCCCGCGCAGAGCGAGGAUUCCGCGCCGGCCAAGCAGAUCCAGGAGCGACCCAGCACCUCGUCGACGCUGCGGCCGCCUCGAUGGGAGGCGGACCCCGAGACGCCCGGAAGCCGUAGCCGCGACACGAGCAUCGAUCGUCCAUCCUCGGAGCGGACCCUCGACGGCCCCUUGACAAAGCGCCUUUCGACCACCGAGCAUGCUGCCGACGGCGUGGUGCCCCGCCCUGCGACCAACGUGGCGGGCGGCGCCAAUGGUCGGCCAGGGCUCUACCAGCACAAGUCAAAGUCGCUGAUCGACCUCAGCGGCGCCCACCGACGCAUGGACGAUGGACAAGCGCCGGCCUAUGAUGCCAGCUCGGUGGCCGACUACCUCGCGGCUGGUCUGAACGGCCGAGCCGGAGACCGCGGCGGCGCCAACGGCGUUGGGCCCAGCGGGCUCGAAGCAGACGCUGGCGCAAACAAGCUGGCAUCCGGCCUCGCCGUCCCCACGCCCGGCACCGCUGGCACGCCGGGAGCCGGUGGCCUUGGGCGGAGGCGGUCGAUGUUCGAGAUGCGGCAGGAGCCGCCGCCCUACUCGAUUAUCCACCGACGGCCCGAGGGGCCGCAGAUCAUCCUGCCGCGCGAGGAAGAGGGCCGCGAGAAGCUGCCCAACUACUACUGCGGCGUCCACAUCGAGGGCUACCUGCCGCGCAAGAUGGAGUUUUCGGCGCCCGGCCUGCAGGCCAAGGACCGCAGCUGGAAGCGGCAGUACUUUGUGCUGCACGGCACCAGCCUUCGCGUCUACCGCCACGACCUCAGCAGCGAGCGGCUGGCGGCUGCGGGCGCGUGGGGCGAGAUGAAGGGCGUCCACGUCCACCUCGAGCCCAUGAACGAGGACGGCACCACGGGCGGCGCCAGCUCGCUCAGCCAGGCGGCGCGCGAGGCCAUCGCCAACAAGGCCUUUGGACACCACAGCAGCAGCGCAUCGUCGGCGGGCGGCGCCAACGGCUUCGACGCAAAGAACGGCCUGAUCCGCCACUACACGCUUCAAGGCGCCGAGAGCGGCCUGGCCGCCGACUACCUCAAGCGCCGACACGUGGUGCGGGUGCGCGCCGAGGGCGAGCAGUUCCUCCUCCAGACGCGCAGCGACCGCCACGUCGUCGACUGGAUCGAGGCGCUCCAGGCGGCCACCAACAUCUCCAUGGACCUCGAGAAGCGGCUGAUGCCCAAGUUCAUCACGCUGCCACGACGACGAAGGAGGAGGAGGCGCAACGCCGACGGCACCACGCUCACGGCCGAGGAGCAAGAGGCGCGCGACCUGGCCGAGGCGCAGCGACGCUCGAUGAUGGAGGCUGGAGGUCGCGGCUCGACCGCCUCGGCGUCUGGCCAGGCCGAUUCGGCCAUCCGCAGCGCGCGGCCCAGCAUGAGCGGCGACAUGAACCCGAGCGCUGCGUUCGAAGAGAUGCUGCGCGAGGAGCAGGAAGGCAUGGCGCGCCAGAGCGCCGCCGACAUCUGA